GAAGAUGAUGACGUCGAGACCCUUUCUGACGUGGCUGCUGCUGACGGCGCUGUCGACGCUGACGGAGGGCAAGUGCCCGUCGGUGUGCAGGUGCUCUACGGAUGUCAGCGGGAGGAGGCUGGUGACCUGCGAUUCCGGCAACCUCGUCGACCCGAUCCCCGUGUUUGAAAUGGACAAGGAGACGAAGAUCCUGACCAUCACAUCGCCUGAGGACCAGCCCAACACCCUCAUCCUCGGCCCGAUCUUCGCCACGCUUCCCAAACUGGAGGAGGUCCACAUCACGCACUCCAACAUCCCGGCCAUCGGCGAGAACACCUUCUGGGGCCUCGGCCACCUCAGGCUCCUCAACCUCACCAACAACAACAUCACUUUCCUCGUCGACUCUCACCUCAACGGCAUGAUGGGCUUGGAGGUCAGUCUGAGGGUCGGGAAAAGCCUCUUGGCUCUUUUUCUCUCUCUUUUUUUUCUUCAGCAAAGGACACGGGGCUAAAGGCCGAAAGGAUGCGACGCUAAGUAGGUCCAACGUGCGUGGUUAGGAAUGGGUAGAUGAUGAGUAGUAAUAUUGGAUUUGAUGAAGACGAUUCUAUGUGCAGUAACGGAUAUUUCUAGCAUUGGAGUGGGUCAGAUUACUUUCAAUACAGUCCAGAUGUAAAGCACAAGUAUAUCCUU